AUGAACCUGUUCUCUGAUCCAACUUUGCGCGCAGCUGAAGCGGAGAAGUUCACGUUUAGUACCCGUGAGUCUGAUUCGAUCAUUUCGCCGCUAUCAGAGAUCACAUCCCGGUCAACACAAUCCAAGAGCCGCAUGACCCACGUCCACCGACCAUGGCGCCAUUCAGUAUCUCAUCAUAUUCUCUCGUCAGACAGUCCUCCGUCAUCGUCGACCGUUCGUGAAUACCAGCCAGGCCGCCAGCGUAUACGACUCUUCGUUGCCGCCUUCGCGCAAUGGCUCUGUACGGCUCUCUUCUGCGCGCUGCUGGCUGUAUUCUUGUGGGGGUUUGCGCAACUAGACUUGAUGAAAGUCUGGCAGGUGAAAAUGUUCAAUGCUCUCAUGGUCUUGGCCAGUAUGUGGCUUGGUACCAACUUGACGAGCAGCCUGCGCGAAUAUGCCAUGAUGAUGCGGUGGCGCAUUCUGGCCAUGAAACAUAGGAGCCUGCGGGAGAUGGAUCUCAUAAUGCAGUGCGAUAGUCUGCGGGCAGUCAUCAAGCUAUUCUUCACUGCCAAAUGUUCGCAUGGUUGGGGACCAAGUAAGACUCAGAUUGGCUGUCUGAUAUGGGUGGCUAUCAAUCUCGCACUCGCCGUCCUGGUCGCCCUCCUCGGUCUCACCUAUAACCUUGCUACUGCCGAAUACCCCGAGCUCAAGUAUGGCCUCAUCAGCACUGUGAACCUCAGCUUGGUCCGCGAUAUCUGGGGCGUCGAAGACCCGUCCUACGCCGCCCAGCUCGGCGCCGCCAACGGCUUCGGCAUACAAGGCCAAGAUUACAACUUUACUGACGGUCCCGUACCCGGCCAGACCGGCCCUACCACUUACGGCAGUCCCAUGACACCCAACAUAUACGCCUUUGACAACUGGGCAGAGAUGCGCUACUUCUUCAUGGAUCUCAACCCCGACAAUCCAAAUCUUUCCAUCCUGACCAAACGAAGCGUGGGCGUGCAAGCUACCUGUGAGCAGUUGCCUGUUCUUUCCGGCGGCAAUGGCAUAUCACCCUAUGUCGAAUUCCUGGACACCAACAACGUCACCACCAUCCUUGACGCCGUCCGUGUCGGUCCGGGUGCAACGACUUACAUAUCGAUGCUCAACUCCACCUGUGGGCCGCGCUGCACAGAGCUCUUCGUUCUGCAAUCCGCCAACAACGACACCAUUCCCGAGCCCGGGUUCUUCAGAUGCAACAACACCGUCUCGACGACAUCCGGCAUAGAUGAGUACAUACAGUCCAACCAGACAAGCGAUCUCUACGAGCUGCCCGACCAGCAGGCCCAGAUCUUCGCCGGCGCCAUCGGCUGGACCGGCUUCAACUUCAGCGCCGAGGAUCAGUACCAGUACGUGCGCUACCCACCGGAUUCGUGGUGGAGUCCCUACGAGCCGAGCAACGCGACCAAGACCGCCGAGCACAUCAUGGAGUUCGCCAUCGAGGCCAUUGCCGCGCUCGACAACAACGGUCCCCGGACGGAUGUCGCCGGGUGGUAUCCCAUCACGGCACAGCGUGUCAGUGUCAAUUGGCGGUGGGCGGCGACGCUGUUGAGCGUGAUACCGGCGCUGCAUGCGCUGGCCAUGGUCGGCGUGGUGCUCUGGGCCGGCGAAGUGGUGAUUCGGGACGAGAGCUGUCUGAGCGUGGCGAGGCUGUUGAGGCCCGUGGUGGAGAAGCUGGGCCCGCAUGGAUGUCUGUUGACCGGACAGGAGAUUGCAGAGAGCCUAGAGGAUGUGAGGGUUCGGUACGGCGUGGAGGGCUGGGAAGACCAAGGGGGCGAGGAAGAUGAGGUGAGGCAAGGGUUGCGAUUUGAGAAUGCAAUCGUGGGAGGUAGGGUUCGGCAUGUGGGAAUGCUGGAGCAGGGGACGGGGAGAGACGCGGUUGUGGAGGUGAGGCGGAGGGCUAUGAAAAAGAGGUUCCCGGCUGGGCUGUACGAUGGGGUUGCGGAGGUUCGCGCUCCUCCUGACCUACAUCGAACCUCUGGGAGAAGGAGGAAGAUUGUUGUGCGCAAAUUCAAGAGGAAGUGGAGAUCAGGAUCUCUCAAGGAGGAGUAA